AUUCAGCAACAUCCUCUUUUACAAACAAUACUUCCUCUUCAUUCCUCUGCUUUCUUUUUAGUGAGAAAUAAACAAAAAUGAACAAAGCCGCCUUAGGUACUGUUUUUCUAGGAUUAUGUUUCCUAAACGUUAAUGUUAAUGCUUUUGUGACUUCUGGAUGGCAAAAGGCUUCUGCCACUUUCUACGGCGGUAGUGAUGCUACUGGAACUAUGGGAGGAGCUUGUGGGUACGGAAACUUGUAUUCCACUGGCUAUGGGACUAGCACCGCAGCCCUAAGUACUGCAUUGUUCAAUGAUGGUGCUGCAUGUGGGCAAUGCUACAGGAUCAUGUGUGACUAUAAGACGGAUCCCAGGUGGUGCCGGAAGGGAGUUUCAGUCACUAUUACCGCGACUAACUUCUGCCCUCCGAACUAUGCAUUACCAAGUGAUGCUGGAGGUUGGUGUAACCCUCCUCGCCAACAUUUUGACAUGUCGCAACCUAUCUGGGAGAAGAUAGGCAUUUACAGAGGCGGAAUCAUUCCUGUCAUUUUCCAAAGGGUUCCCUGCAUAAAGCAAGGAGGAGUGAGGUUUACUAUUAACGGAAGGGACUACUUUGAGCUUGUAUUGCUCACCAAUGUAGGUGGAGCGGGAUCAAUCAAAUCAGUUUCGAUAAAGGGAUCGAAAACCAACUGGAUGGCGAUGUCUCGAAACUGGGGGGCUAACUGGCAGUCAUUGGCUUAUCUUAAUGGACAAUCACUGUCCUUCAGAGUCACUAGUACUGAUGGCCAAACCCAAACAUUUAACAACAUUGUUCCUGCUAAUUGGAGAUUUGGACAGACAUUUAUGAGUAGUAUACAAUUCAAGUAACAUUACACAAUAUGUGGUUGCUGUACAUUUAGUGAAUAAUUAUAGGCAGAGGUAUGCUCAUUGGUUUUUAUCCCACUGAAGCAACCCGCCAAAAAUCCAUAACAUAUCACUUUGUAAUAUAAGCUGGCUUAAUCAAGCAAUUCAAGUGACUAUUAACUACUAUGCUGCUUUCUUCAUAUACAAAAUGUGUGUAUUUAGUUAGUUAAAAUUCUAAUGAUCCUGAAUUUAAGUUCUUGUCUAACAUAAUGCAAUAUAUAUUGGAAUAAUACACCUUUUACA